AUGGGUACCCCAUCAGGAUUUGGGUUCUAUUUUAGAGAUAAUGUUGCUUCUGGCAGCAGAAACCCUGGCACGGACGAAUUCUGGACGCGAAGUGUACCACCCGUGGCAGCACAAAAUCCUGAACAAAAGUCAGAACCCGAGCCUCAGCCUGAACCUGAACCAGAACCAGUGGACGCGCCAGACCCGGAACCUGUAUUGACAGCUAAGCUCCCUGAUCAUCCACUCUAUAGGAACUGGGACAGUCUCGGUUUUAGUUUUAGGAGGAAACGAACGAAAAAGCUGAAGAAGGAAGGGCUGCCUGUUCCUGGGGAGGAUUUUGCAUGGCCUCCUGCGGCGCCGGAUCCUAUAGCGGAGGAUCAUGUACAGGCGUCUGAGCCGGAACCGGAACCGGAACCAGAGCAACCGCUAGAGCCAGGGCCUGAACAGCCGCCAGAACCAGUACUAGAGCCAGAGUCAAAGCCAGAAUCGGUUCCUGAGCCAGAGCCAAAACAAGGAAGCCCGCAGCCCAUUGAGCUCCCUCAAUCACAGAGGAACCUCUGCGCCCAGAAUGUAAUAACGGGACCCAGCGCUCUCCUUUCUUUGCUCUCAAAUAUCCGAGAUAAUGGCGAUUUUUCGGACCUAAAGAUUAAAUGUGGACUGACAAUUUUCAAUGCGCAUUGUUGUAUCGUCUGUCCACAGUCUGGCUUCCUCUAUGAUGCUAUCAGGGACGGAUUAAAAGAGAUCACGGUUACCGAUCACCCUUUAAUCAUCAAAAAGAUGCUUGACUAUCUCUACAGGGAGGACUAUGACGACGCCGAGCUCAUCCAUGAAGUAAAAGCCCUAAGGUCCCAGAGGCGCGUUAAUGGACACAAUAGUGCCACAAUCCCUAGAUAUGCCAAUGCUAUGAUGCAUGUUACUGCUGAUAAAUACGCCAUCAGCGGGCUUAGAGACCUCGCCGAGAAAAAGUUGGUAUCAGAUCUGAUACAUCAGUGGAACGCUACGGACUUUAUCAACCUGGUUGAAUAUAUCUAUGAGCUGCCUACUCCUGCAAAUCCAAAGUUGCAGAGUAUUGUAGCGCAAUUUGCAACGCGUCAUAUUCCGACUUUCAAAGAAUAUCAGCUGUUUCACAGAGUCCUUAAGAGCUUCCCUUAUUUUGCAUACUUAUUCUCAAGCGAGAUGAUGGAAAGGAUGGAUUCAGCGAAGACGCCACAAACACCCGUUAUAGUAUCUUCCGAUGACGACGACGUGGUCUCCGAUGAGCAGCUCUCUUCGCCCGAGGUCAUCACUCCAGCCGCCCAGGUUCCUGAAGAUCUCUAA